AUCCGUCCCUUUCCUGUUCGGCGCGUGCGGUUGAGGCGGGGAUCGCUGCUGCCUGUCUCUCGUUUUCAUCGCAGACACUUCUGCUGCAAAGAUGGUCAACGUACCUAAAACCCGAAGGACUUUCUGUAAGAAAUGUGGCAAGCACCAGCCUCACAAAGUGACCCAGUAUAAGAAGGGCAAGGAUUCCCUGUAUGCCCAAGGAAAGCGGCGCUACGACCGGAAGCAGAGUGGCUAUGGCGGGCAAACAAAGCCAAUUUUUCGAAAGAAGGCCAAAACCACAAAGAAGAUUGUGCUCAGGCUUGAGUGUGUUGAGCCCAACUGCAGAUCUAAGAGGAUGCUGGCCAUUAAGAGAUGCAAGCAUUUUGAACUGGGAGGCGACAAGAAGAGAAAGGGUCAAGUGAUCCAGUUCUAAAACUUGUGUUUUCUUAGAGGAAAAUACUGAAGCAGUAGAAAAAUGACCUGCUAGAGAAUAAAAGUUAUUGUUACUGGUACUAA